AUGGGUCAAGAGCAAUCAUACCCGGGACACACUAGCGUCUCUCAAGUAGCCCGCUACAAGGACAAGUACGGGCCACAGUAUACCAGUGGUCCCCUGUACAGUCCCGGUGAAUACGACAACGAUUACAAACGACACAAGCCCAGACGCAGCGGCGGCAGCUUCAAAAGCGACAAUUCUUCAACAGAAAGCAGCGGAUACCGAAGCGGUUCCAGCACUUACGAAAGCCACUCAAACAGAUCAUCUAAAAACGAUUACUACUGCACUUCACUAUACAAAAACGACCACUACAAAGACGUUAACAAGGAGCUUUAUAGACCUGUUAAAAUAAAAGAGAAAAAGCAUUUACAGCUACUGUCUCUCGAGAAGGACGAAUUUAAAAGUGCCCGUUUAAAAAGUUAUCUCGACGAAGCAGAAAAGGCUAAACACACAUCCCCUUCGCAAAAGAAGGCCGGUAUAAGGAAUUACACUCCGAAGAUUUUGUCUGAGGAGGAGCAGCGGAAAAAAGUCGAUAACUGGAUAUAA